AUGAUAAGCCUUCUCCACGGUUUCGUUGUAGCUUUUAUUGGAAUCAACCAGUGCUUUAUGAUAGACUCUCCAUUUGACCAUCCAGAAUGGAGAACCACCUAUAUGCAAUCCUUCCUUAUGGUAGCUAGCUUAGGAUACUUCAUGCAUGAUCUGGUGUGGUGCUUUGAAUACCAAUCCACAGAUAAACUAAUGAUAGCACAUCAUAUGUAUAGUAUCCUCGCCCUCCUUAGAAUGUUGUUUAAGGAUACUCUGGAGCGCAGGCGACUUGUGCCUUAG